GACGUGCGAGACCCAGCGGUUUAAGGGGAGAAGACCGGCCGGCUUCUCGGAAUAAACCAACUGUGUCCGGCCCGUGGGGGGGGGAGCAGGGGAGGGCGGACGGAGCGGGAAGACGAGGUAGCGGCUAUGGCUCCCCCCCCAGCCACUCGCGGCUCUGCCGAGAGGGCGAAGUGAGGGCGCCGAGAGGCUCCAGACAGAUGAGUAGAGAGCUGGCUGCAGAAGAGGGGCAGAUUCCAGUUUGCCAGCUGCUCACAGUGUACAGAAUGGCAGAGCUUCACCCUCCCAGCAGCGAUGACAGAGACUGACAGUGCUACGAGUCCCUUCUGGCUCCGUCUGCACGACGGCUGCUGCCUCUGCAUAUUCAUUGGAUGGUAAUGCAGGAUGUCGGCAGCCGCGGUAGAGUUUGGCUCGGUCCCACUGCGUUUUUCUUCUGCCGGUUGUGACUCUGAAUCACCAUGACAACGCUGUGACACUUCCAGCAAAGGUUGCCCGCGGACCAAGGGUGGGCUGGGGGUGGGCGAGAAGGUCAAUGAUCGAGUCUAACGGGGUCAGAAGUUGCGCCUGCAGCAAAACGACCGUGGAAGAGCCGCCGGCACGGCAAGAAGAUGAAAUUCCCCUUCCAUUGGCUUCUUGUUGAGCAGGCACAAUAACAUUUCCCUUCGAGAGGUUCGCUGUAAAAACUCUUUUGGUUAUGGCUACUGAUCCAACGUGAUUGCGCGCGCGGCGACUUUGGAACUCAUGACUGGCUAUACGAUGUUGCGCAAUGGGGGAGUGGGGAACGGAGGCCAGCCGUGGGUGUUGAGGUGGUCCAGUCGGAUCCGGCUCACCUGGCUUAGCUUCACCCUCUUCGUCAUCCUCGUUUUCUUCCCCCUCAUCGCCCACUACUACCUGACCACCAUCGACGACGCGGACGAUGCCGGCAAGCGCAUCUUCGGCCCCCGCACCGGCAACGAGCUGUGCGAGGUGAAGCACGUGCAGGACCUGUGCCGCAUCCGCGAGUCGGUCAGCGAGGAGCUGCUCCAGCUCGAGGCCAAGCGGCAGGAGCUCAACAGCGAGAUCGCCAAGCUCAACUUGAAGAUCGAGGCCUGCAAGAAGAGCAUUGAAAAUGCCAAGCAGGACCUGCUGCAGCUGAAGAACGUCAUCAGUCAGACUGAGCAUUCCUACAAAGAGCUGAUGGCUCAGAACCAGCCCAAGCUCUCCUUGCCCAUCCGGCUGCUGCCAGAUAAGGACGAUGCGACUUUCCCCCUGCCGAAAUCCAACAGGAACUGCAGGCUGCACAACUGCUUUGACUACUCACGCUGCCCGCUGACGUCUGGCUUUCCAGUCUAUGUCUACAACAGUGACGAUUACCCUUUUGGUAGUUCCUUAGACCCUUUAAUUAAACAGGCCUUUGAGGCGACUGUCAGAACUAAUGUUUAUGUUACUGAAAAUGCAAAUAUUGCUUGUGUGUAUAUAAUUUUAGUGGGGGAAAUGCAAGAGCCCGUAAUGCCAAAACCUACUGAACUAGAGCAACAGUUGCACUCUUUGCCAUAUUGGAGGACUGAUGGACACAACCAUCUCAUCAUCAAUCUAUCGAGGAAGUCGGAAACUCAGAACUUCAUUUACAACAUCAGCACGGGGCGCGCCAUGAUCGCCCAGUCCACCUUUUACGACGCCCAGUAUCGACCGGGCUUUGACAUCGUGGUGUCACCUCUGGUCCACGCCAUGUCCGAGCCCAACUUCCUGGAGAUCCCGCCCCAGGUGCCGGUCAAGCGUAAGUACCUGUUCAGUUUCCAGGGGGAGAAGAUCGAGUCCCUCCGCUCCAGCUUGCAGGAGGUUCGCUCUUUCGAAGAGGAGAUCGAAGGCAACGCCCCGGCCGACUACGACGACCGGAUCAUCACCACCUUGAAGGCUGUUCAGGACAGCAAGCUGGACUUUGUUCUGGUGGAGUUCACGUGUAAGAACCAGCCUAAGGCGAGUCUGCCCACUGAGUGGGCUCUGUGUGGAGAAAGGGAAGACAGACUAGAGCUACUGAAGCUUUCUACUUUUGCACUGAUCAUCACCCCCGGGGACACCCAUUUAGUGAUCUCCGCCGGGUGUACCAUGAGACUGUUUGAGGCUCUGGAAGUCGGGGCCAUCCCGGUGGUUCUCGGAGAGCAAGUUCAGCUACCCUACAACGACGUGAUCCGGUGGAACGAGGCAGCCUUAAUCAUACCAAAGCCACGUAUCACAGAAGUGCACUUUCUUCUGAGAAGCAUUUCUGACAAUGAUCUCCUUGCCAUGAGGAGGCAGGGCCGCUUCUUGUGGGAGACCUACUUCUCCACCUCCGACAACGUCUUCAGCACAGUCUUAGCCAUCAUAAGGACUCGAAUCCAAAUCCCAGCUGCUCCUAUCCGAGAAGAACCCGCCGUGGAGAUCCCCCACCGGUCUGGCAAAGCUGCUGGUACUGACCCCAAUAUGGCAGACAAUGGUGACCUGGACUUGGGGCCCGUGGAAACAGAGCCACCCUACGCCUCUCCCAAAUAUCUCCGCAAUUUCACCCUCACCGCGAUGGAUAUCUACAGGAAUUGGAAUUCUGCCCCGGGGCCUUUCCACCUCUUCCCCUACACUCCCUUUGACCCCGUUUUACCAUCAGAAGCAAAAUUUUUGGGGUCUGGGACUGGAUUUCGACCAAUUGGCGGAGGAGCAGGUGGCUCUGGGAAGGAGUUCCAGGCUGCUUUGGGUGGCAACGUCCCACGGGAGCAGUUCACGGUGGUGAUGUUGACUUACGAGCGGGAGGAAGUGUUGAUGAACUCCCUAGAAAGGCUCAAUGGUCUCCCCUACUUAAACAAAGUUGUGGUGGUGUGGAACUCUCCCAAGCUUCCCUCCGAGGAUCUCUUGUGGCCGGACAUCGGCGUCCCAAUCAUGGUGGUGCGCACGGAGAAGAACAGCCUCAACAACCGCUUCCUGCCCUGGGAUGAGAUCGAGACCGAGGCCAUCCUGUCCAUCGACGACGACGCCCACCUGCGCCACGACGAGAUCAUGUUCGGCUUCAGGGUGUGGAGAGAGGCCAGGGAUCGCAUCGUGGGCUUCCCGGGCCGCUACCACGCCUGGGACAUCCCCCACCAGUCCUGGCUCUACAACUCCAACUACUCCUGCGAGCUCUCCAUGGUGCUCACUGGUGCUGCCUUCUUCCACAAGUACUAUGCCUACCUGUACUCCUACGUGAUGCCCCAGGCCAUCAGGGACAUGGUGGACGAGUACAUCAACUGCGAGGACAUCGCCAUGAACUUCCUGGUGUCCCACCUGACCAGGAAACCUCCCAUCAAGGUGACCUCCCGCUGGACCUUCCGCUGCCCCGGCUGCCCCCAGGCGCUUUCCCACGACGAUUCCCACUUCCACGAGCGGCACAAGUGCAUCAACUUCUUCGUGAAGGUGUACGGGUACAUGCCCCUGCUCUACACCCAGUUCCGCGUCGACUCGGUCCUCUUCAAGACCCGCCUGCCCCACGACAAGACCAAAUGCUUCAAGUUCAUCUAGGAUGGGAGAGCUGGACCCUGCCAGCUCCCAGCUGAGGCAGAGAGGCCGGCACGGGGCUGCUUUGGUGGGCUGUGAGUGCAGAAGGCUGUGGCAAAUGGGCCAGCCUGGAUUGGGAUGGGCUCUUCCCUCUUCCCAAAGUGACUCACCCGGACAGGGAACGGGACCCUGUGGCUGCUGUGAGGACACACCCACGGAUCAUACACUGAGGAAUGGCUCGCUGGCCACUGGCUCUGCCCCUUCGCUAGCCAAGGGCAGCCGUUCUUUUUAAUUAUAAUUAUUGUUAUUUAAAAUGAAAGUGUUUUAGAUUUGCCACGUGAGGCGCUUUUUUUGUUUUCUUUUCCCUCCCCUCUCCCCACCCCAUUUUCCCCUCUGGACCCUUCGGCCCAUCCCAGGGUGCUGUAGCAAGGCCAGGUUGGAGGUGUUUGGGUGCAGCAUCAGGGCAGCUCCUGUUAUCUUCUGUCCCCAUCCUUCCUCCCAUGGCACAGCCCUUCCCACCCACCAGAUCCUGGCUUCUCUUGCCCUGUGGCUACUACUGAGGCCUCUCAGGUGUCACCUGGUGAGGAGCCCUUUGCUCUGCUCCCCACUCUGAUCCCCUGGAGAGGGGUGAGGUUGGCCUGGAUGGUCCUGCCUGGCUCCAGCUCUGGCCCUGUGCUGUUCCCGUGCUGCAGCCCAGGGGGUUCAGCUGCUGCUGUCUCAGUGUCUUUUCCCACCUCGUCCUGCUGAUCCUCUAAAGACUGGGAGUGUGUUUGGGGCUUAGGGAAGAUCCACCUGCAGCACAGCCAGGGCUGGGGGUGCUGCAGGCUCCUGGAGGCUCUGACCCUUCUCUGUGCUCAGUCUGGGUGUGCCAGAGCUGCAGUUCCCACUCUGCCUUGUCCCCAUCCCAGAGCGCACUGUGCCCAUGUCAGGCUUGCCAUGGGCCUCAGCACAGCUGCCUUAACCCCAGCCCAUCCUCACAGCCUGGCUUUGGGCUGUGUCUGAGGUUUAAUCCCAACAGGAGCUUCCCAGAAUCCCAUCUUCACACAGAUCCUGUUGGGAUCAGGUUCACAGCAUGGGUUUGGAGCUGGUUCCUCUCCCCCAGAGCAAAAAGCUGUCACACUGUGACCACCCGAGCUCAGCUGCUGCUCCAUCCUGCCUCAGGCCCAGCUGGACAUGAGGGGAGCACAGGAGGGAAGGGCAGAGCUUGGCCCUCAUGUGAUGCUCUCCCUCAGCACAUCCCAGGUGUUUGUGAGCAGCCUGGAGAAGCUCUUGCUGGGUAGGUGGGAAGGUGACACUUGUGUGGUCACCUCAAUGUCCCUGGUUUUCCUGGAUGUCACCCCUGGUGUGUCUCUGGUGUGUGGGAGCAGGGAUGGUCCAGCAGCAGCUCCUGGGCUGAUUCCCAAGGCCAGCCCUGCCCAUGUUCCUCCUGCACUACAUUUUGGGGCCUCUCCAAACUCCUCUCCCCAGGUUUUCCUAUCAGCACUGACACUUCCUCCGUGGGAAGGGGAGGGAAGGAGCAGCCUGUUCCCAGCAGAGCCCACAGCUCGUGCCUUCACCAGCACUACUGACCACAGCAAAACAUGGAUCAAGAAAUCUUUUCCUAUGGUUUUCUUUCCCCCCUUUCCAUUCCCUUUUUGUUUUAACAUCAGAUGCCCAAAAUGCAGCACAUGAAGUCUCAGAGUCUCCUUAAAAAUGCCACGGGAAACUCCUGUGAGCCCUGGAACACCUGGAAGGAUUCUCUGCCCCUGCCAGGGUGGAAAUGUGGCACUUGUGAGGAGCUGUGUCAGCUCCAGCAUCCCCCAAGGGGCCUGAGCUCCUCUUGCAAGGCUUUAAUUCCUUCCUCAUUAGUGGAGGUUCGUUAGCAGUGAUGCCGUGGCUCAUGUACAGCCCAGGCCCGGGGUCAGCUCUGCCUUCCCAGCCCUCCUGGAGCACAGAGUGAUGUGGGAUGGACUGAACUUCAUCCAAACACAGGCACUGCUCAGCAGCCUUCAGCCUUCCAAAAUCCACAGGGAAAUGUUACUCCAGUGAGAGCCUGGGGAGCAUGGAUGGGAAGGGAAGUGUUGGCAUUCCUUGUGGAGCUCAGGAUGCUCAGGGUGUCAGAGCCCCAAGGCUGGGAAUUCUGCUCUCCCUUGCUGAGUUUCAAUUUGAGUUUCAAUUCUGCUCUCCCUUGCUGAGUUUCAAUUCGAGGCCAGUUGAGAUCAGGGAUCAGCAGAACAAAUCCAGCUGUUCUUCCUCCCUCUCUUUGGCAUUUUCCCAAGCUGUUUUUUUUUGUUGGGAGGGUCCCCCUGUCCACUGUGCUGGAGCAGGGACAGGAUGUGCAGUGGGAUCUCUCUGUCAUGGGAUGAAUUCCUCCUUGCUCAGUGCCCCUAAAGGGAAGGAUUUGGGGUGAAGGGGUAAAGAGGCUGCUCCUGGGAGAUACCUGGGCAGCAGCAGCGUUGGGAGGGAUGGAAUUCUGUGGGGAAAUGAAAUGCCAGCAGGAACAUCUUCCCCACCACAGGGCUGGUGCUGCCCCUCCCAGAGCUGCUGCAGCUCAUCCCAAAUCAUCCCAAACACCAUGGAACCUCCUGGGUUACAGAAUUUGCCUUCACAGCCCAGCUUUCUGCUCCUGGGACAUGCCAGCACCUGAGCUGUCCUGAGGCCCCUCCACCAGGGAGGAGCACAUUUUUCCAGAGAGUGCUCCCUCCCGUGCCACCAUCCCAAACAUCCUUCCUUGCUCCCACCCGUUGUUCUCCCGGGAUUUUCAGGGCAUCCCAGGGUCACUCUGAAGCUCAGGUUUGGUUGGAUGAUCCAUCCCAGCUCCUGGGGCGCGUGGCCUCCACCAUCCCAGCCCUGAGGAGCCGGGGAGGGCUCUUGGCAGCUGCACCUUUUCCCUGUUGCAGAGUUUCUGCUGCUUCCCCCGGGCACGGAGCGAGGCCUUUCCCGCUGUAAAUAGCAACGACCGAGGUGACACGGCCCCGGCCCCGCCCAUGUCACACGGCCCCUGCCCUCCCCUUGUGCCCACGGUGCUGUGAGCACCGGGAUUUCAAAUCCAACAGGAACUGAGAGACAAGGAACACUCCUUCGACACGAGCACAAUGUUGAGUUUUUUGUAAAAGGUUCCAAUAAAUGGAGAGUUUAACUUGG